AUGGCUAAUCUUGCUAAUAGUAUGGAGGCAAAUGCUGUUGCGACUCUGCAAGCUGUGCAGAGGUUAGGUCAACCAGAUGGAAACGGAGAGGGUAAUGGAAACAUGAAUAAUAAUGGGGAAGGAAACGGUAAUGAUUUGGGAGGUACUUCGAUGACCUUGGCUUCAUUUUUCAAGGUUCAUCCACUGACUUUCAGAGGUUCGACCAACCCUACAGAAGCGGAAAAUUGGUUCCGAGCUAUGGAGCGUACACUACAAGCUCAGCAUGUUCCGGCUAAUCAGUAUGUAGAGUUUGUUACAUAUCAACUCUUAGGAGAGGCUCAACACUGGUGGCGAAGAGAAUGCCACUUACUGCAGCUUCAGAAUGCUGACAUCCCUUGGGAUGUAUUCCAAACAGCUUUCUGCAAGAAAUACUUUCCUGAGUUUGUGAGGGAAGCUAGGGAAUUGGAACUUAUGCAGCUAAAGCAAGGCUCUUUGUCUGUGGCGGAUUACACUAGUCAGUUUGAGGAGCUUUGUAGGUUCUCUAGGGUAUGUCAGGGUGCCCCAGUGACCUAUGAGAGUUGGAAGUGCGUUAAGUACCAAGGGGGUUUGAAGGAUAAUAUUAUGACUGCUGUGGCUCCUUUGGAGAUUCGGAUAUUCUCUGAACUUGUAAAUAAGGAGAGAGUUAUUGAGAAGUGUGCGAAGAAAGUGGCAACGUCAAGAGAUCCUAGAGGAGGAAACACUCACCGUAGACGUGGCAAGUACUUUCAGCCGAGGGGUCAGAACAUCAAGAGGGGAGGACAUGCCCCUCAAGGUGGUUGCUUCAACUGCGGAUUGCCUGGUCACAUUGUGAGAGAUUGCACUCAUGGGAGGAAGACUCAGAAUGCGGGCCAGAACCAACAAGGUCGGGUGUUUGUGGUCAACGCUUAA